AUGUCUUAUCGAUUGCUUGAUAGUUGCAAUCGCACGAUAAAUGCAGAAGAAGUUCACUCAGGACGUCUGACGAGCCCGAACUAUCCGAACCCUUACGACCACAAUGCGACAUGCACGACAAGGAUUGAAGCAUCCGAGCGAAAGCGGAUUCAACUUGUGUUCCGAAAUUUCGAUUUUGAACGCGGUCGAAUCGUUUUCUUCCGUACCAAUUCGUCUCGUCUGACAAUUUAUAACUGGCGUCGACGAAUAUACAGGAAGAGUUGCGACUUUGACUUUAUCCAGAUCAAAGAGCCAGGCAGAAACUCGACUGGGCCGAUAUGUGGGCGUGGUCUUCCGUCGACAUAUUUUUCAUGGGGAAAUAAUGUUGAGAUUUUCAUGAAGACCGACCACAAUAUGGCUACCGAUGGAUACGAGUUGAGCUACUUCACUGGGAAAUGGCAUGACGGUGGUUCAAUCGAUUUCUCAACCUCGUAUGAUUCUCAAGGUGCUAUUACCAACAUCGGGUAUCCGAAAGGCUAUAAUGCUUCGACGAGAACUUCUGAUGCCACCAAUGGCACCGCAUGCACGCUUGAAGUGACGAUCCUCGAUCUCCACAAGGAAGUUCCAGGGGUCGAUUGCCUCAGCCAAGAUGAAUAUCUCGAAAUCGAGCAGUCAUCUGGUAAUCCUUCCGAUCCCAGAAAUGGCAGGGAUUCAGUGAGAUUGCGAUCAUGUGCUCAGUGCCCCUAUUGCUUUGGAAAUGGAAUCGGGGGCGGGGGGGUGCGACGCUUAGUUGAAGGUCACUUCAAGACUGGA